GCGAGGAACAUGUUCUGUGUGGACUCAUCCUACCAARCAGUCCAAGCAGACCGGAUAGGAGGACAGAGACACUCCACUGUGGGAACUUUGAUCAGCAUUACAGAGGAGCAGUGGAAAAGUGUGGGGAUUUGAAGAUGUGGGCGUUGAUAGGAGCAAUCUGUCUGAGCCACUGCGUCUCUGGGCAGCUGUUUGAUCCGAAGCUGAAAGGAGCACCGAGACUGGUUUGCAGUGUUCCUGGGUCACCGGGCCUGUCGGGCAAACCAGGCCCCAACGGGCCGCCGGGAGCCGUUGGGAACGUGGGGAUUCCAGGAAGAGAUGGCAGAGAUGGCAGGAAAGGGGAAAAGGGAGAAAAAGGAGACACAGGUGUAAAAGGAAGGGUAGGCCCAACAGGAAAGAUCGGAGAGCGUGGUGAACGUGGCCCCACAGGCAAACUGGGCCCAGCAGGAGACAUCGGAGAUGUUGGACUGCCUGGUCCACCAGGCCGCAAUGGAAGUAAAGGAGAUAAGGGCCAAAGAGGACCCCGUGGAGCUGCAGGAGUUUGCAAAUGUGGCAGCCUACUGCCGAAAUCCGCUUUCUCUGUGGGAAUCACCAGCAGCUACCCAACAGAGAAGACCCCCAUCAAGUUCAACAAGGUCCUCUUCAAUGAAGGCGGGCACUACAACCCACAGACUGGAAAAUUCAUCUGUGCAUACCCAGGUGUUUAUUAUUUCUCCUAUGACAUCACGCUGGCCAAUAAACACCUGGCAAUUAGUCUGGUGCAGAACGGUCAGUAUCGCAUCAAAACCUUCGAUGCCAACACAGGAAACCACGACGUGGCGUCUGGCUCCACUGUCAUGUAUCUGAACCCAGAGGAUGAGGUGUGGAUGGAGAUCUUCUACCACGACCAGAAYGGUUUAUUUGCAGACCCCGGCUGGGCGGACAGCCUGUUCUCUGGUUUCCUGCUCUAUGCAGACACAAACUACUUUGACACACUGGCAGAAGACUAUGCAUAAAACCCAGAAAGAAAAAUAUAUUGUCUUGAUAGAUUUAGAACAUACAUAGUAUCUACAAACUUUAUUUUUAUACAAAUGUUUUUACUGCUAUAAGAAUGGUUGAAAAUGUACCUAUUUCUGUUUUGAAACUGAACGUGCAGCGAGGGUCGGUUUGUGUUUGCUGUGGAUCUUUAAGGUUGUAGUUGCUGCUGCUGC